GUACCUAAGAUGAAGACAAUUCAAAACUUUGUGUACAACUACAAGAACAGCGUUCUUUACCACAACGAUGUUGUUGCUGACCUAGUUGGGAUUGGUCGGGGCUCCCGGUAUCGUAAGGAUAUGGAUAUGUCGGUAGGUUUCGCCUUCAGUUAUAGCCUGGACAAAGAUGACAAUCCUGUUCUGGGGGAAGGUACGGAAACGGAUCCAUUCGUGCUGGCGUUUUCAACCAAAAUACUCAUGAAAAAUCUAGCUCGAGACCCAGAUACGUUUGGUUUUCACAUGGAUGUUACGGUCAAGCUUACGAAGUGUAAGUUCCCUCUC